AUGGCACAAGACAAAGUCCAAACGUUUGAGAUUCCAAAAACCUGCAAAGGAGGUGUCGUGAUCAAUGAAGGUCCAGACUUUUAUGUAGAAGUACAGGAUGUUCCAGUCCCAGAGAUUGGACCUACCGAGGUUCUCAUUAAGCUCAAUACCACCGGCCUCUGCCAUUCAGAUCUCCAUGUCAUGUCUAACGAUUGGAAUAUGCCCAAGAUGUCCGUCUUUGGGACCAGAUGCUCUGGACACGAAGGCGCGGGCGUCAUAGUAAAGGUUGGCGAUCAGGUCAAGAAUUUGAAGCCUGGUAUGCGAGCUGGCUACAAGCCUAUCCAAGACACUUGUGGUGUAUGUGAGCUCUGCCGUAACGGCAAUGAGUGCUACUGUCCAGAAGCUGUCGUGACUGGCUUAACGAUCGACGGGUCAUACAAACAGUACAUAGUCUCCCCCGAGAGAUACACGACGCUGAUUCCAGACGGAGUAGAUGAUUACAUAGCAGGGCCCAUUAUGUGUUCGGCCUCGACAAUGUACACCUCCAUUAAAGAAUCACAACUGCGACCAGGAGACUGGGCAGUUUUCCCCGGCGCCGGCGGGGGUGUCGGGCUACAGGGUGUGCAACUAGCCAAGGCCAUGGGUCUGCGAGCUGUAGCCAUUGAUACUGGAGAGGACAAGAAGAAGCUGUGCUUGGAAGUUGGCGGUGCAGAACACUUCAUCGAUUUCAGAAAGGUGGAAAAUGUUGCCGAAGAGAUAGUGCGACUCUGUGACGGCAUCGGCGCACACGGCGUCUUUGUCACUGCUGUCCAAAGCUAUCCCUCCUCGAUAUCGUACCUCGGUAGCCGCGUCGGUGGCAAGGUGAUGUGCAUCGGGCUGCCACCGGCUGGUACUCAGCACAUCGACGUCGACCCGACCCAUAUGUGCAUGAGAAAGCAGACCAUAACAGGCACGCUGGUGAGCAACAUGGCAGAUGUGGACAAGACACUUGAGUUUGCCAGCCGAGGGCUACUGAAGCCUAUCUAUACAGUAUAUCCCUUGAGCCAAUUCAAUGAAGCAGUACAAAAGCUAAAGCGUGGCGAGAUUGCCGGAAGGGCAGUUGUGGACUUUAACCAGGACUCUUCGCACAGUCGGUCCCCAAUCGGACACGUCAACACCUCGUCAAGCCGCGCAUCUAACGGGAAGCAGCCAGCCGUUGAAGAUGACCGCAGCGAUGAAGAGGCACUGUUGGCGAACGAUCCACUAGAUCCCGAUUUACCUGAGCAACUAUCAUUUAAACGCAAACCAAAGGCACCCGCUUCUUCAUUCGGCUUCUCACGCUAUUUCCCUUCGCCGCUUACGCCCUCCAGCAGUCGCGCAUCGCCCUCACCACGAUCUCAUCGUACAACUCCAUCAAGCGAACUUGACUUGAACUAUCUCGAAACACCAGGCAGCGCCGGUGAACACACCCAAGACGCCAAAGAUGCAAGCGGGUUAGAUUGGCACGUUGAGGGGCCGGGCCGAAGGGUAGGCUACGACGAUCUUACCGCCAUCGACUGGAUCUUUGAAUAUGCAAAGGAACGCCAGCGGCUGAGGUACCUCUACAUAGGCACCAGCGGCAUCUUGGGGCACGUGAAGCAGCUUGCAGAUGCAAGUCAGGUCUGGAUCAUCUUGGUCGCCGCAGGCAUACUAAGCGGAGGCAUCGCCGCUUUCAUUGACAUUGCGAGCGAUUGGCUUGCGGAUCUCAAGACGGGAUACUGUCACAAUGUGGAUGGAGACGGGCGAUUCUAUCUGAACAAGAGCUUUUGUUGCUGGGGAAUCAAUGAAGCACAGGCCUGUCACGAUUGGGAUUCGUGGGGCUCGGCUAUGGGCAUUGGGAGCGCUGGUGGAAGAUAUGUUGUCGAUUAUGUCUUGUUCAUUCUCUACUCGGUGAUGUUCGCAGCAUGCGCCAGCUUUCUAGUUCGGGAAUUCUCUCCUUAUGCCAAACACAGCGGUAUACCAGAAAUCAAAACUGUUCUCGGUGGGUUCGUUAUCCGGCAUUUCCUAGGCGGCUGGACGCUAGUCACAAAGACAAUUGGCUUGUGUCUGGCAGUCGCAUCAGGUCUGUGGCUGGGCAAGGAAGGUCCCUUGGUACACGUAGCGUGCUGCUCGGCGAACCUCUUCAUGAAGCUAUUUAGUAGCGUAAACGGCAAUGAAGCACGGAAACGAGAGGUACUCUCAGCUGCGGCUGCAGCAGGUAUUUCAGUCGCUUUUGGUGCACCUAUAGGCGGUGUACUCUUCAGCCUUGAACAGCUGUCGUACUACUUUCCAGACAAGACCAUGUGGAGCAGUUUCGUAUGCGCCAUGGUAGCCGCCGUCACACUACAAGCAUGCAACCCCUUCCGCACCGGCAAGCUUGUCUUGUAUCAAGUCACUUAUCACAGUGGAUGGCACGACUUUGAGCUCUUGCCCUUUAUCUUUCUCGGAAUCUUGGGUGGUCUUUUUGGAGGCUUGUUCAUCAAGCUUAACAUGGGCGUUGCUGAGUGGCGAAAGAACAGACAAUACCUCAAAGGCCCUGUGAGGGAAGUUGUCAUCGUGGCAUUCGUGACGGCCCUGAUCAACUUUCCCAUCAAGUUCAUGCGCGCCCAAGCUUCCGAACUAGUGCAUAUCCUUUUCGCUGAAUGUGCUGAUCUCACCGAAGAUACGCUGGGCCUCUGCAAAUCUGGUAAAGCAAACACUGGAGUAAUCGCUUUGUUACUGGUGUCUUCGGGAUUGGGCAUCAUACUAGCAGGCUUCACAUUCGGUCUGCAGAUUCCAGCGGGUAUCAUUCUUCCUUCCAUGGCCAUUGGCGGUCUCUUUGGUCGUGCAGUGGGGCUAUCUGUGCAAGUAGUCCAGGGUGCUUGGCCGUCCCUCUUCUUCUUCAGCUCCUGCGAACCUGAUGUACCUUGCGUGACCCCAGGAACGUAUGCUAUUAUUGGAGCAGCAUCGGCGCUUGCGGGCACCACACGCAUGACAGUUUCGAUUGUGGUCAUCAUGUUUGAGCUGACUGGGGCUCUUACGUAUGUUCUACCCAUUAUGAUUGCAGUCAUGAUCAGCAAAUGGACUGGUGACGCCAUCUCCCCACGGGGCAUUUAUGAGUCCUGGAUACAUUUUAAAGGGUACCCUUUCCUCGACAAUCGCGACGACAACGGUAGCUCGAUUCCAGAUGUCAGUGCAAGCCAUGUCAUGACACGCAUCGAAGACCUGACGGCCAUGACAGCAACCGGACACACUAUUGGGUCGCUGCGCGAGCUUUUGUCUCAACAUCGGUUCCGUGGGUUUCCCGUGAUUGACAACAGUCGUGAUGCUCUGCUGUUGGGUUACAUAUCCAGAACUGAACUACAAUACGCGCUUCAGACUGCCCUGACGCCUCCUCGGAACCUAGCGCCUGAAACAGAAGCGUACUUUGCCCACCAGCCCCUCUCCGACCCCACGACUUCCCUCGAUCUCCGGCCGUGGAUGGACCAAACGCCCAUGACACUACAUGCCAAAGCCAGCUUUCAGCUCACAGUAUCCAUGUUCCAGAAGCUCGGGUUGCGAUAUGUCUUGUUCACGGAUCGAGGCACACUCAAGGGGUUGCUUACCAAGAAGGAUGUCUGGUACGUCAUGGAAGGCAUGGAGGAAGAGCGUGAAGACGAUGGUAGAGAGGGGCUCGGAGAUGAGAGACAAGAGGAUGAAGAGGAUGAGCAGAGUGACCUACUGGACACGGCGGAGGAUGAGCACGCAGGCUUGAUUGGUGCCCAUGGUAGAUAG